AUGAAAAGCCCGCGAGCCGCCGCGCGACGGUCAGUGGCCGCUCAGCAUCACAUAGCAAUGGAUGUAACUUUGGCCUUUUCAGAGAUAAAAGAACUUGCUGAAGAGCUAUGGCAAAACAAAUCCCCUGGAAAUGUAGAGGAAGUGAUUGAAAAAUUGUUCAAUAAAGUUACAACUCUGGAUGAAAUCGAGGGAAGCAAUGCUAAAGACUUUCAGGUUGAGGAAUCUGCCAUUAAUCUGUGGAACUGGGCAGUAACCAAGAGACAAGAAUUACAAAUUGAUGAUCAACAGCGAACAAAAUUACGUCAUGUGGCCUGCAAACUGGUCUGUCUGAGCAGCUGCACUAAUUUGACUGAGGUGAUGCUGCGACGGCAGGUCCUGAUGGCCACAAAGACAGGACGGAGCUGGCUGGAAUGCAGGAAUCCAUUACUGGCAGAUGGUUUUCUGGACUUGGCUGUGACAAGUUUGGAAAUGCUGUAUUCAAGGCUAAUUGGUAGAAAUGAUGCUGAAUCAGAUAUAAGUGUACAUAAGAGAGAUGUGGAAAAGGACCUUCUCAAACUUCAUUCCUAUCAGGCUGAAUCAGCUGUAAUUCAGAGUAAUCAUAAGAUUGCAGUGGCUUGUAUCCAGCGCUGUAAGGAUAUGUUGCUUAGAACCCCUAAAGAGACAGGUUACUUAUCUUUAUUGUGCUAUAAUUUUGGAGUAGAGACCUAUCAACAGAAGAAAUAUGAAGAAAGUGUUUUCUGGCUGAGUCAGAGCUAUGACAUUGGGAAAACCAAUAGGAGACAUUCCCCAAGCCCAACUGUGCAGGCAAAGGUUUUACGUUUACUGGCCAAUGUCUAUCUAGAAUGGGACAGUAACCGGUACCAGGAGAAAGCUUUGAGUGCUGUCAUCCUAGCUAAUGAAGAGAAUCCCCAUCCUGCAGGCUUGUUUUUGAAGAUUAAAAUUAUUUUAAAAUGUGUUAGUCCUGAUGAGGCUGUUCGUACAGCAAUUAGUGAUCUCCUCGGAAAAGUAUCUCUCGAUGUCUGUCUUGAGGCUGCAAAACUAUUGAUGGAACACGGCAGGGAUGCUCUGUCCUUUGACUUUCUGACAACUCUGUCCAAGCAGUUUGAAACUUCUCAUGAUAUUGGGAAGAUCCUUUUAAUACACCUGUUGCAGCUGCUGCAGAGUGGCCAGAAGCUUGCUGCCAAGCACAAACUGGAGGAUAUCAUUGAAGGUCAUUACGCAGGGAAGAGGAUUUCACCUGAGAUUCUGAUUCAAUUUCAUAUUGUUCUGUGGGGAAGAGCUGCAAAGAAUUUUGAGGCACAGAACUAUGCUGAGGCUCUCCAAUGGUACAAUUAUUCUUUAAGUUUUUAUCCUGCUGGACAAAUGGACCAGAACUUGGCCAAACUGCAGAGAAAUAGGGCAUCCUGCUACCUGCACCUAAAACAGCUGGGAAAGGCUAAAGAGUCUGUAAAAGAAGCAGAGCGAUGUGAUUCAGACAGCAUCUUCACCCAGUUCAGUGUUUACAAGAUUGCCAUUUUGGAAAAUGACAUUGAAAAAGCUGUGCAAGCGGUGAUAGCUAUGGGUCAGCUUGCAGAGAGGCCUGUGCAGUGUGUGAAUAAGGUCCUAGUGGGUCAUGUCUCUGCCACCGAUUUCCUGAGCCUGGCAGCACAGAUUGCUUUAGAGAAUAACCAGGAGGAGGCCGCCAGAAAAGCAUUUGAAUAUUUGUGUCAGCAUUCCCAAUAUUGUAACCAAGUCUUUACAGCUCUCAGAUGUUUGAUUCGCCUUGUGCCCUCUGUUACAGACAACGAUGAUAAAGAAAUCAGAUAUGAACGACUGGACCGUCUCCUCACUUACUUGAAUACUGCUCAUAAGAAAUUGACUGUGCAUCUCACUGGGGAGAACCUGUCUCUGGAAUUGAAAAACAGUGAAGCCAAUUGGUUUAGGAAGAUAGCUUGGAAUUCAGCUCUGCAGUGUGAGGACUGUCCGAGUAGAAUGAGAGAAUUCUUCAUGCUUUCCUACCAGCUCUCACAGAUGCACCCAGUUGACAAAGGUGUUCUGAUUGGACAGAAGACUUGCUUACUAAUGGCAGCAGCAGCCAGUCUUGAGAUGGGUCGAAAAGCACCAAAUACGUCUGAGCAGAUUGAGCGUCUCACUCAGGCACAGGAGCACAUUGAGGUUUGUUGGGAAGUUUGGAGGACACUGAAAUCCACAGCAGCAGGUGAUAUCUCUAAAGACCCCACAGAGACUCUGUUGUUGCUGUAUGAGUUUGAAGCCAGGGCGAAGCUGAAUGACUCGGAUAUAGAUCACGUGUUGGAGCGAGUUUUGCAGCUUCAACAAAUAGAGCCUAAAACACUGGAAACGCUGGCCUCUUUAUCCAUGGAAGCUCCUGCUCACUACCCGUCAGUCUGCAGGAAGGCCCUGAAGAUUGCACUGUCCCUUCAAAAGAAGCAGCCUGAUGUUGAUGUAACACGGUGCAGCAAAUGUCUGCACAGCCUUAUCCAGCUAUCACUGCCCACUGGAGUGUCUGACAUUGAAUCUCAGAUCUUGGAGGAAGUGUGGUCUUACUGUGAGGAAGCACUGAUCAUUAUAGAUAGCACGCAGGAAGAGUAUCCAGAGGUGGAAAUCCUAUGGUUGAUGACUCGAGCUUGGAACACUGGUGUUUCUUUGUACAGUUUGGGGAAGUACUCUGAGGCAGAACGUUGGUGUGGACUUGGAAUGCGCUUCCUUAAAUAUCUGGGAUCGCUGAAGAACAGCUAUGAAGCUCAGAUGAUGGGACUCUACACAGAUGUUUUGGACAGAAUGGAUAGCGAAAAAAGGGCACUUCCUAUUGAAGAGUGAGUGACCCAGGAGCUGGGCGUUGUAUCUCUGCAGCUUAGCAACAGUGGCUCACCAGUCAGCAUUUAUUAUAAAUUAUUCAUUUACAUCUGUAAUUUGAGUCGCCAAAUUCACAUUGAUUUUACUGCCAAUUGUGUGGAGGGAAUGUCUGAGAAGAUCUGAGAUUGCUCACAGGUUUAAAAGCUGCAGGUGCAACAUGGGCUGAUAUAUGUAACAGAUGGUUUGGUUAGAAUGGCUCAUCAUAUUUGGCACAACAACUGGGACAUUUGCAAUUAAUUUUUUUUCAAAUCAUACUGUAAGGAAAUGUUUGGAAGUUAUUUUAACAAAUUUGGGGUCAAAAAAUUUUCAGCUGCUUGUUUUCUCACUGCCUUUUUUGACUUGUUUACAUAGGCAAAUGUUCUGUUCAGCGCUUUGGGACGUCCUCCCGAUGUGAAAGGCGCUCUAUGAAUGUAAUUUUGUUGACCUCUGUUGCAUUUGCAAUAUUUGAAAUAAAGUCAAACCUUUCAUUUAA